UAAACUUUGCCAACUGCGAAGCUGGCAGAGCGAAAAGAGCACACACUCCACACUCUUCUGCCUCCCUCCCUCUCUCUCUCUCUCUCUCUUUCACACACACCAAAUUGCAAAUUGUUGCUCGUAGCCAAGAUUAUGAACUCAACGAACUCUAGAAACACCCAAAAAACCAGAGGCCCCUUUCGAAUCCUCCCCUAACAAAUCAUUAUAACAUGUAAUCGAGUUAAAAAAACAAAACCAUUUUGAAAGAAAUUCCGAAAUGGGUCCAUCUCAAUCCGCUCCAAUCAUUUUCUCGCUCAUCCUCUCUCUCUCCUCCAUCCUGGCCUCCUCCUCCGACUACACCAACCUCGUUUUCAAAGGCUGUGCAGACCAGAAAUUCCCCGACUCCAACCCCCUCUACAAGCAAACCCUCAAAACCCUCGCCGCCGACCUCACCUCCCGAUCCUCCGCCGCCAACUUCUACAAAACCUCCUCCGGCGACGGCGCCUCCGCCAUGAGCGGCCUCUACCAAUGCCGCGGGGACCUCUCCGGCGGCGCCUGCAGCGGUUGCGUGGCGAAGGCCACGUCCAUGGCGGGGAAGCUGUGCGGCGCCGCCGUGGCGGCGCGGGUCCAGCUGGGCGGCUGCUACAUCAGGUACGAGAUCGCCGGGUUCCGGCAGGCGAGCGCGACCGAGUUGGUGUACAAGGUCUGCGGGUCGACCCGGCCCGGGCUAGGGGACAGGCUGGACGCGGCGCUGGGCGGGAUCGCGAAGGGCGUGGCGUCGGGUCGGUUCUACGCGGGCGGGUACGAGUCGGUCUAUGUGUUGGGGCAGUGCGAGGGCGAUUUAACCAGCGGCGACUGCGUGAACUGCGUGAAAAUGGCGGCGGAGAGAGCCAAGUCUGAGUGCGGGAGCUCCAUCUCUGCGCAGAUAUAUUUGCUGGAAUGCUAUAUUAGCUAUACGUACUACCCUAACGGCGCUCCCACCAACCAUCACUCCUCAUCGAUUUCCUCCUCUGGGAGAGAGAAGAAUACGCAGAAGACGGUAGCGAUUGUGAUUGGAGGGCUGGUGGGAAUGGGGCUGAUAACGGCGUGUUUGCUGUUCACGAAAUCAGCUUUCAAGAAAAAGGCUUAUACUUACAAAUAUGGCGGAUGAUCUUCAUCGUAGACACACACACAGAGUCAUGGUGUUUAUAUUUUUCAUUUUAAUUUUAAAAAAUUUAAAAUAUAAUGAUCUAAUGCUGUAGUUCUUGAUUUGGUAGGCAAAAUUGGAGAAUAUUUUGAUUAGGAAGAUGAAAUUGACUUUAAUUGGGGAAUGUAAAAA